AUGUUUGUUGGAUAUGAAGACACCGAGGAUACUGAAGUGUAUGAAGAUGAACUUUAUCAUGAGGAGUCAUCCAGUGAGCAGAGUGUUGAUAGCGAGGUGGAAUUUCAUCUUUACAGCCAGCUCCACUAUUCCCAGAAUCUUGGAGAAAGCAACACGCUGGAAAUAGAUAAGGAAGCUGAUGUUGCAGGAGUCACGGGUCAUAGUUCAGUUCUAACUGAGAAACAGUAUGAAAACAAGAAAAUCACUGAAUUCAUUUAUCAUGGUACUCAGCUUUCAGAUGAUCCCGAGAUCAUUGUCUUGUCUGAUACACCAGAUGAAGACAGUGUUUACAAAAGCAAAGCAAAGAAGUCAACAAGCUCUUCAGCUCAAGGUAGAAUACAUAUUCAUCCAGGAUCUUCCACACCAAAAGGUGCCGAAGCUGCUGGGUGUAAUACCCGGUAUCCUGCUGGAUCAGGCCCAGACAUUUCAAGGCAAAGGAGAAGCACUAGUGGGAAGCUUAACCCAGUUAGUUCUGUUGGAGCUAAUGCCAUCCCAGAUGUGUUGGUAAUAGAUGAUAGCUCAGAGGAGGAGAGCUUGGUAUCUGAAAGUGAUAAUGUCGAGAGUUGGAUGCUUUUGGGAGCCGGUGCAGAUGACAGAGAUGAAGAUAUAAUGUUGAACCUUGAAGGCUGUGAAACUCCUAUCAGUGAAGGUUAG